AUGGCACCCCGCAAACCCAAAGCCGAUGACGACGCUGCAUCUACUACAUCCACUGAUGUCCCCUCCGUCCUCAAACCCAAGACCGAAAAGGCCAAAGUGGAGAAACCAAAAACUACUAAGCCAAGGGCACCUAAGAAGGAGAAGGACAAAGUUGAUGGUGAGCCUGGGGCUGGAGUUGGAGCCGUCAAGGAGAAGGCCAAGGCUGGGAAGAAGGAGAAAGAAAAGUCCAAAGAUGGUGAGGGAAAAGCUGCAGGUGAGACCAAAGGAGUGAAGGGUGGCAAGGUUGAUGCAGCAAAGGCAGAGGGAAAGGAUGCGAAGGAGAAGGUCAAACCUGUCACGGGCGAUGAGGCCAUGGAGCUUAUCGCGGACUAUUUAAAGGUGCAGAAUAGGCCGUAUAGCGCUACGGAAGUCAGCUUGAAUCUGCACGGAAAGGUGAACAAGACUGUUGCAGACAAACUCCUUAAAGAGAUGGAGCAGAACGGUCAAAUCAAAGGCAAAGCCUCCAAGAGCGGAACAGGUGGUCAAUGGGUCUUCUGGGCUCUCCAGGAUCCUGCAGACGCUGCAUCCCCGGAAGAGCUCGCUGCCAUGGACACCUCAAUCACUACCCUUCGCGACAUCAUUCCCACCCUCAAGUCGAACCUCAAAACCCAGACCGCCAAACUCAACACCCUCUGCUCAGCACCCACGACCACUGAGCUCGCCGCCAAAGUCGAUCGUAUCCGUCUUGAGAACCAAGCUAAGAGCGAGAAACUACGCGGCUUCAAGGAGGGUUCGAUCAAGACUGUUACUAGGGAAGAGGUCGAGAAGGUUGAGAAGGAUCUGAAGUAUUGGAGCGCGAAGAUGAUACUGAGGAAGAAGGCCUUUCAGAACUUGGAGGCGAUGUUGUUGGAUGGAAUGAGUAGAGAGGAUAUAUGGGAGAAGGCGGGCAUUGAGGAGGAUAUUUACUAG